CUUUAUGUCAAAGAAGCUUUAUAGCGGAAGGAAAUUUUAAGAUAGGUACCAAUAGUUACAAUGUUACCUGCAAGAAACACAGCUUUGAUUUCAAACAUUAUAAGAUGUAUGUCUUCAAGUCCAGCUGAAUUUGUGAAUAGAAAUCCUAGGAAUUUAGAACGGAUGCGUAUUGCUCGUAAACCAGAUGGUUAUCAUUUGGAAAAACCAGGGCGAAAGUUUUGGCACAAGCUUGUAUUAACACCGAGCAACAGAACCAUCAAAGCAGAAGUUGUACAUUUCAUCAAUGGUCCAGUGAUCACGGCACAAACAUCAGAAUGGGCAAUUCGGAGCCAGCUGUACAGCAUCACUGAUACUUGUGCUUAUAUGAACCUAGGCAGAGUAUUUGCUCAAAGGUGCUUAGAGAGUGGAAUCACAGAAAUGUUUUGUGACUUGGAAGCUAAAGAGGGUGGAAAAGUAGACAUUUUCCUUAAAGAGCUUGUAAAAGGAGGUGUGAGAUUACAAGAAAUGGAUGUCUACAAGAACCCCUACCCAACAGAUGAAUUUAGACCAGAAAAACCUUGGGAAGUUACUGAAGAAUAAGAAUUAUGUUAAUCAUAGGAUAGUAUGUAAAUAAAUUUGCUUUUAGC